AGAGGAAAACAGAAACAGCAUUCUCAGACACAAGGAGAGAUGAGCGGAGUAGGGAAGGUGGUAUGUGUCACCGGAGCAUUGGGUUUCAUAGCGUCGUGGCUGGUAAAGCUCCUGCUCGAACGUGGGUAUACCGUUAAAGCCACCGUUCGCGACCCAAAUGAUCCGAAGAAAACAGAACACUUAUUUGCACUUGAGGGAGGGAAGGAAAGACUUCAUCUAUUCAAAGCAGAGUUAUUGGAUGAAGGAAGUUUUGAUUCUGUUGUGGAUGGGUGUGAAGCAGUUUUUCACACGGCAUCUCCUGUGUUUCUUUCAGUUGCUGAUCCCAAGGCAGACUUAAUUGAUCCUGCGCUCAAGGGAACUCUUAAUGUUCUUAAGUCAUGCACGAAAGUUCCUUCCAUCAAGAGGGUAGUGCUGACUUCUUCAAUGGCUACAGUUUCAUACAAUGGAAAAUCAUUGACUCCAGACGUUGUGGUGGAUGAGACUUGGUUUUCAGAUUCAGCUUUUUGUGAGCACUCCGAGCUUUGGUAUGUGCUAUCCAAAAUAUUAGCUGAGGAGACAGCUUGGAAGUUUGCAAAAGAGAAUGGGAUUGAUUUGGUUACAAUAAACCCAGGAUUUGUCAUUGGUCCUAUUUUGCAGCCAACCCCCAAUGCCAGCAUUGAUGUGAUGUUGAAGCUCAUAACAGCUGGAGAAACAUUGCAACCUCCUGCUAAAUUUGUCGACGUUCGAGAUGUUGCAUAUGCACACAUUCAAGCAUUUGAGAUUCUUUCAGCUGGUGGUAGAUAUUGCAUGGUCAACACAGUUGUACACGUUCUUGAGGCUUUCAAGAUAUUACAUAAAUUAUACCCUUCUUUGCACUUAAAUGAAAAAUUUGAAGGCCAGCCUAUUGAGAAAACGUACCAGAUAUCCAAGGAGAAAGCAAAGAACUUGAUUGGAAAUUUCAUUCCUUUGGAGGUGAGUCUGAAGGAUACUGUUGAAAGUUUGAAGGAGAAGGGUUUCCUAAGCAUAUGAUCAAUUUCAAUAUGUUGUCUCUUUAUGAUCUUCAAAUCUGUGUAAUGGUUAAACUAAGAUUAGGUUGACUCACAUCUAUCUUGUAAUCCAAGUCAUUCCCUUUGUCUAAUGAAUUGUAUGAGGCAUA